GACACACGAAGAAGAAGAAGUCAACAGAACCGUUAKCAUUCACAGACAUUUACAGUCAUUCCAGUGCGUCGGCCGCGAAAAUCAUGAAGACAACAAUUAGCUUUUUGGCCAUAAUUUAAUACAGUUUAGUGAUAGGUAUAAGGUUAGCAGUGUGSUUAUGGUUAGGUUCAAAAUCACAUUUUUAGAAUAUAAAUCGUAGAAUUGGGCGGGGUUUAUGGCUUUGGUAACUGGUGACGAUUUGUGUAGUGCUGCAGGGCAUUUUCAAGGUAAACACAUCACCUUGUGACAUUCACAAUAUUAUGUGCAGAGAUAAGCUCGGUUUGUGUUAUGUGAGCAAACGGUUUCGAUGCGGGUAAAGGGGACGUUCUGGACGUUGCAAGUGAGUCCUCAGUAUUUUCACAUGCAGCUACUAUACUGUAGCUGUCAGUCGAUAGUGCUUGUCAGCUGUGGUGCUGCUUUCGUUACCCACAUAACGGUAGUCGUUGUUUGCAUUGAAUAUCAUAUUCGUUUCUUUCCAGGUGAUACAUGGUCGAAUCUUUCAGAUACAUUCAUGGAUUCAUUUAGAAUGUCAGUCACCACCAAAAACGAUACUCUGUAACCUGCCUUUCACGAUGCCUCUCGAGUAGCAGCUGGCUAUCAGCCACCUACAUCUUUCCAGGAGAUAACCAUUGAAGUUCUGCUUUCAUCGCUCCUGAAGUAAUUUCCUAACCAAGAGGACUGCGCUGUCACAAAAGGCCAGCUCUGUGCCAGGCAAGAUGACCACAGCCAGGUAUCGGCCCACCUGGGACCUGGCCCUGGACCCCCUGGUCUCCUGCAAACUGUGCCUUGGAGAGUUCCCGCUGGAGCAGAUGACCACCAUCACGCAGUGCCAAUGUGUCUUCUGUACACUAUGCCUGAAGCAGUAUGUGGAACUCCUGAUCAAAGAGGGCCUUGAAACUGCUAUUAGCUGUCCAGACUCUGCCUGUCCAAAACGAGGACACUUAUUGGAAAAUGAGAUUGAGUGCAUAGUGGCUACAGCGAUUAUGCAGAGAUACAAGAAGCUGCAGUUUGAGAGGGAGGUGCUUCUGGACCCGUGCCGGACGUGGUGCCCAUCGUCGUCGUGCCAGGCAGUGUGCCAGCUGAAGGAGAUGGAGGUGGCGCAGCCCCAGCUGGUAAAGUGUGCCGUGUGCACCCUGGAGUUCUGCUCGGCCUGCAAGGCUAACUGGCACCCCGGGCAGGUCUGCCCACCCCAGGAGAACAACCUGCCCAUCACCGCUUUCCUACCCGGAGAGACCAGCUCCUUCUACAAGAGUGACGAUGACGAUGGUCCCAUCAAGCGCUGUCCCAAGUGUAAGGUGUACAUCGAGAGGGACGAGGGCUGUGCCCAGAUGAUGUGCAAGAACUGCAAACACGCCUUCUGCUGGUACUGCCUGGAGUCACUGGACGAUGACUUCCUCCUGAUCCACUAUGACAAAGGGCCCUGUCGAAACAAACUGGGCCACUCCAGGGCGUCUGUCAUCUGGCACAGAACACAGGUGGUGGGGAUCUUCGCUGGCUUCGGCCUUCUCCUGCUGGUGGCCUCUCCCUUUCUCCUCCUGGCCACGCCCUUUGUCCUCUGCUCUUCUUGCGGCGCUUCAUUUAACGGGACUGGGGCCUAGCUGUACUGUCUCGGGCCCAGCCGCGUCCCGAUCCAUCUCGCUCGCAGUGUCAUGGUGGGAGAGGAGUUGUGUUGACCCUGUGCUCCCUGGCCUGGUGGAAGAUGGGUUCACAGAGGUCAGGCUUUGAGGACGACAAUGAUGCGCCUCUCUGUGGGCUUGGGGGCAUGUGUCCGUUUACUGUAGCAGGGCCACUCUGAGGCCUUGAGGUGAGCUACAGACAGUGGUGUAGUACAGAACCGAAGAAGAAGAGGAUGUUUUAUCAAGAGAUAAAUAAAGACGUGAUGUCGGAGACAUUUUCAUGCAGGAGCUGCUACUAUCGGAGGAGCUUCACCUUAACUCGUUUCAGUCGAGUUUCUUGUUUUUGUUGGUUUGUCGAACACAAAGCUUUCCCCCCCUCUUCUCUCUCUUUUUAGCUCUCAACAUACAGGAAAUAGCACUGGAGUUACGUUUUGACAAACGUUUUGUGUUUACUCUGUUUGCACAUUAAAGACUCUCCGUUUGUCGCUUUAAGAACCGGGGCGGGAGUCGGGAGGUUUUCUGUCUCUCACUCCCCUGUACAGCACGUUCUCUUGGUGAUGUCUGUGUUUCUGUAAUCUUUUGCUCUGUUCCCACUAUCAGCAAGAAGUUAUUAUUUUUACAAAAUGGAUUUGAACUCCUAUGUGUCUUUUUGAGAGGGUGUCCCAAACUCCUUCUCACAGCCCAAAAAGAGGACUCCUGGUCCUGUGUUUGUCGAAGAGUCUCAGAGUAGGAGUGCUCAUCUAGGCAAGACAAAACUGAUCCUAUGUCGAUACUCCUACUUCAAGACACUUUGUGAACAUGGGCCCUGAACAUUCGUCUCCCCGUCCACACAGACGUGAACAAACCAUCCGGAACUGGUUCUGACUUGUGUUGUCGAAUGGAAUAGUUUAGUAUAGAUGUCGUGGAGUUCCUUCUGAGUUCCUCUCAACUCAAAUAAGAAUAAUAUUUAGCCACAUAGCAACAAAUGGCCUUAAAUGAAUAAGAAACGAAGCCAAAAAAGCCACCUCCAGUAUUCAGAAGAAGAAAAAAUACUGUCUUACAAAAACACAUGGCCAUUGUCCAAUUCCGUCCUUGUGAAAGCACACUUAAAUAAUGAAUUUGUUUAAUGCAUCAGUCAUUCAUUAAAACCUGUCUAUUUUCAGGUAGACCAUAGGAAAUUAAAUUGUCUCUCUGAUACAAAGAUGUCCCUUCAUAUGAUCMAUAUUACAUUGAUGUUGGUCAUAUAUCCAACUACUGUAAUGAACAAUAAUCCUAUACAAUGUAUUUUUUAAUUGUGUGAAUCUGUGGCAAAUUUUGCAUAAUGUUAGUGGUAUUGUUGUCAACGUUUUUGUCGGGAGCAAGUCGAGAGCUCUCACUACAUGCAGCUACUGCAACCUUUGCAGGGAUAUAAAAUGUCACGAACUUCACCGGACUGUUUAGGACACAUCUGAAAACUGCUCUACACAUGACUGUAUCUAUGCAAGUUUGUACAUUUCCUAUCUUAGUCUUGCUAACAGUGUGGUCAUAUCAAGUGGUCCAGUAUGUUAUACCAGAUUCCAUGUGCCAUUUAUCACAUCAUACAGUAGAAUUUCACAAAAGGGCGGUUGACUUACAUCCGUUUCAUUUGAUUUGAWUUGAUUUUUUUAUCUAUCAGGGAAGCCAUACARUAUUUCAUCACCAUCGUUUUCCCUUAAGUUGUUCCAUGAGAACGUGUGGUGAGGAGGCAUUUACUGUAGCGACACCAUUUCUCACUCUGAAACACAUUUAAACUCAAGAGAUCGGUCAUUGGCGUUCCGCCAUCAAUAAGCCACUUUGGAACACGUACAGAAAAUCCUGGGUGGCAGUCUGUUUCUGCUCUCUUGCCAACUCCUUAUGAAAUUGUCACGCAAAACUGGCUUGACAAUGGAUUAGGGAAAAAGCACAAACGAAUCCGGGACUACUGUAGACUACAUACAGAAUACUGAGAUACUCUUCUGCAGAAAUCCCAGAUUUUUUWAAUUUUGCUCUUCCGUAUUGGUCUCCACGUAGCAUUUGAAGAGUGGGUAUGGCAGUUACUGGAACUAGCAUUAGCCAUUCACCUCUAGCUCAUGGUAGCCACCACACACAAAGAAAACAUUAGCCUUAACUUUUCAGUACCUCGUACCUUUAGCCUCAUCAUUUCCCGCUAAUCCUUAAUGCAUGCAAGUAGUCAAAGACUCGAUUUAAAAAAUAACAUUUCAGUUGAGCUAAUUUACCCUUAUUUUCUGGCAAUAGGGAAUAUGAAGGUCCCAACUGAGCAUGUGGAUCACUGAGCUGACCGUGUCUUUGGGUGACAAUCAUGCCAAGCAAGUCUUGUGGGUGGCGAUCGAGAGUGAGUGAAUAGUUUCAAGCGUUUUAAGGUUUGUAAAGUAAAAGUGGAGAUCUUAUGUCCGUAUGGCCAGUUUCAGGCAUAAGCCAAUCAGGAUCUCGACUUACUAUUGCGAGUAAGAAAAGUAGAGUACACCAGGUGCCAUUUUGGAAUUUUGUUGUACAUUAGCAGUUCUCUUAUGUCACUCACUGACAGUCAAUUAGCAAUGUCAGUUAACAAUUUUUAGAGUGGUACUUAGAUGGCUAGACUAUCUAAACUCGUAGUAAUCAUGGCCGCAUACCUACCGGGCAUGCAUGGCAUGUGCCCAGGGGCCCUGACCUCCAYGGGGCCCCCGUUUUUGAUUGUGUUGGUCAUUCUCACUCCGAUAUCAUAUUAACAUGGCAUAAGUCAUUAUAAAAUGUGUAGAAUUGCAGUAAAUUGACUGUAAACCUGAAAUGUUUUCUUUCUGCCCCAUGGCAACAUUUGUAGAAUUACCUGACAUUUCUACAAUUGCAAAGUUCUAUCCCCACCCCAUGGCAAAGUAUGUAAAAUUGCAGAAAAAAACAUGCUUUAAAAGGUCCAAUGCAGCCAUUUUCAUCUCAAUAUCAAAUCAUUUCUGUGAUUGUUUUCAAUUAAAACGGUAAAAAAUAAACAAAGAUUGCUUCUUAGCUAAGAGCAAUUUCUCAGGCAACAUUUUUGCUAGGACUGUCUGGGAGUGGUCUGAGUGGGGAGGGGAAAACUGAAAAGUAGCUGUUAUUGGCAAAAAGGUUUGGAACUCUCUUUCUUGUUGGUCUAUUAACUAAUUUACUGCAUGGUGAUGUCACCAUGGAAAGCCAAAACACCAUUCCAUGAAAACAGGAUGAAAUUUCAGACAGUCUUUUCAAACAGCUUAAACACUAAAAGGGAAUUAUCAUGUUCACACAUUCACAGUAUUAUUCCAACCUCAUAGUGUGGAAAUGAGGUCUGUCAAACAAUGAAAAGAAUGAAUUGUGAUUAAUUGCCAGUUAUAUCGAGGUAUUCAGUCAUAGGCAUUCAGCCAUUCAGCUCGCUAGCUAACAUUAGCAUAACUAGAAUAGCUGUUAUCUAAAAAAAAACGCCUGGGGAUGUGUGUAUAGUUAAACUUUCUGUACGUUUUCCUUAAAUUGUUGCUCAAAGCUGCGCACGCAGAGGAUUCUUUUAUAGAACUGCAGGAAAUCCCCCAUCGUCAAGACGGGGGCCACUAAUAAAAAAGAUCCCGCUAGGUGGGGGUCCCCCAAACAAAUCUCACUUAGGGCCCCAAAAGGCUAUAGCCGGCCCUGCCCAUUAAAUAUUGCCUUCUCUUUGGAAAUGUGUAAAGCUGUCACCGACACUUUUUGUUGUCCUUAUUAAAGGGGUUCGGGGAUAGUAAUUUUAAGAAAUGUAGCCUCUAUUUCCAGGCUUCCUCAUAACUCAGAGACUUGGGAGGAUGGCAUUGCGUGACUAUAGGAAAUGUACAUUCAAGAGAAGUGGAAACAAGUUCUCAUCUUCCAUUUGGUUUAGAGGGGCUUUGAGCUGAGAGAAUCUUGAAUGCUUGUCACAAAGUCCUCUGACUCAACUGAUUUUGCCAGUAUACCAAUCAAACUCCGAUGACUCGUACAGUCAUUAGUGUUAUCAUCUGGUUUCUUUCAGCAUUAUGCAGCGAAGGGACACAAAACAUUUAAUAAACUCCAUUCACCUCGAGGUGAGACCAAGCCUGUUGCACAAUUAUAUUCUAUGGCUUGAAACCUAUUUUGCUCUUUGUUCACACUGUUGGGCUUCUAAACUAUAUUUCAACCUGUUAUAUCAGAUGAUAACAAUGCUAUAUGUUUUUAAAAAGAGGUCAAACUAUGCCUCUUAAUUUUAGGGAGUCCGAAACAACAUUGUGUGCACAAAAGGUCCGAAGGUUUCUGUCAAGACGUACCCUUUAUCCUGGAUUCUAAGUUUGACUUUCACACUUACCGUACUUAGGUUGCCUUUGUGUUAUACUUGUUCUGUAGGCUUUGAUGCAGUAAAUCAUACAGUAAUGGCUUGUAUUUGUGUUAACUGUGGAAGGAUUCAUAUUUCCAACUUUUCAAAAGAUGUAACCUUGUAAAUUGGCAUGUGUGGAGAGCAUUGGAUAAACACAUUGUACUUCUCCCAUGUAUCUAUUGUUCCACUAACACUGUGAAAUGGAAUAAAUGUGGUUGUUUUUUGUGAC